AUGCUCCAUCGUGCUGGCUCGAACAGCAGCAGUGUGGAGGAUGAUGGCCUAUCGCUGGAGUUUAUCACCGCACUCGAAAAGAGAGCGGCUGUUGUGAUCACCGAUCUCAACCGCGCACUGAAAUCACAUCAGGAGAGUCGCAGCCAACGCACACACGGCGCACUCGUUCUCGCCAUCGCCACCGCCCAACGUGUAGCGAAGUUACUCGCAACCGUAAAAGAAAAACAACAACUACAUCUACAUCAAUCACAUGCGGGAUCUUCACUCAGUCCGGUGCCCACGGCUCUAUUCGUGCAGUUGGAGAGUCAUAGGGCGGCUAUUCGUCGUGCCAUUCCACUAGCCGUUGCGGCGGCGGAGACAAGUGGCUCUGACGGGGCUGCAGACACCGCCAAUGCACUCCGCUCACUACUACACACACGAUCGUUAUUAAAUGUUGAACUUCGAAAAGUGCAAGGAGCUUUAGAUGAACUUGCGGGAAGUUCAGAGUCACUGGAGGUACUGCAGACUUCUUUACAAGAUGUAAAUGCAACAGUAGAAAUGGCACAGUUACUAGUACGAAAACUUUUAUCAGUGAAAUCUACAGAUGAUCUUAUACUUCGUGCAUCUCUGGUUCUUUUUAUAGUUGUAGUUGGAUACAUCAUUGCACAGCGUAUAUUUGGAUUUUUUCCAGUAAGAAUUGCUUGA